GUGCUGUUAGAAGCGCAAGAUCUGGCCACACAAGCUCGUGAAGAGUGGCGUUUCACCGAUCUAGCCACAUUUACACUCAUAUGUCGACAGUGUCAGAUGCCACUGACUGGUCAGUCUGGAGCUCAACAACACGCGAAAGAGACGGGCCACACGAAUUUCAGUGAAAUUCCCACGACGUGA